UGAUGCGUUUGACAGGAGGAGGAGGCGCUGGCCUGAGUAGCCUGAGCGGUUUCCAGUCCGGAGAAACCUUCGAAAACUCCGAAAAAAUAAUCUCUGUCUCAAUGGAAAGACCGCAUUUUCCAUCUUUACAGCCUAAAAUGGCCGAUCAACAGUGGUUUCACAUCGACAAGCCUUGCGACGAGGAAUCGGAGCUCACUCAGCUUGAAAAGGAACACCAAAACGCCCUGACGAGCAUCUCGCAAAAGCACAGUGACCUGAUCCCGAUCGGCAAAACAGCAGCAGAAUUACAGGACGAGGACGAAGAGGAUGACGACGAUGACGACAAUGAUGAUGACGAAAGCGACAGCAACGAAGAUGAGGAUGACGAAUUGGAUGCGGAUGACAUGAACUAUGACCAAGACUCACCUGUGAGUGCAGUGACGAGAUCUUUGAUUGAAGUUAGGCUCUGUUGCUGAGGUCAGAAACUUAUAGCAUUGCUCAAAAACUGUGCCUGCCAAUUUUAGAAAAACAAAACUUUAAAAAAAAAAAAAAUUUUAACGAGUUAUUUUACAUAUUUAAAUCUUUGCUAAUUGCAUAGAUUGAGCUGAUUGGUGAUCUGAUGUGUGACCUGGUACG